UGCUCUUAAUAAAAAAAAAAAAAAAAAAAAUCAACAAAAUAAAUGUUUCACAGUUCUUAGUUUUUCCAGUUUUUCACUAUUUUCUUCUUAGUGAAUUGGUAAAAGGAAGCACCAAAAUGUUCAAGGUGGUUCACUAUUAUAUAUAGUUUAUGUGAUAAAGUUGGUAAAUUGUUAGCUGAUCAUUUAAUUCUAACCUCUAUUCUAGGGAAUGGUGAGCUUGGUUACUGGAGGUGCAUCAGGACUUGGAAAAGCCACGGUAGAUAGGUUGAUUAAAAACGGUGGUAAAGUAGUAGUUCUUGAUAUUCAGGGUACGCGAGCCCAGGAAUUGGCUAAACGUCUCGGUAGUGAUGUUUUGGUGUCUACCGGUUGUGUGACUUCAGAAGAUGAUGUAACAAAAGCUUUGGAGCUAACAAAAGAAAAGUUUGGCCGUUUGGACACAUUAAUAAAUUGUGCAGGAUAUUCAGAGGCACAUCAAAUUUAUAAUUUUAACAAAAAUAGAGAAUGUGAUCUUGAAAGUUUUGUAAAAUGUGUAAAUAUCAAUACAAUAGGUACAUUCAAUACAAUAAGAUUAGCAGCUGGUCUGAUUGGUAAAAAUAAACCUAAUGAAGAUGGACAGAGAGGUGUUAUUAUUAACACAGCUGCCACCAUGGCAUAUGAUGGAGACAUUGGUCAAGCAGCAUUUGCUGCCUCUAAAGCAGCUAUUAUAGGAAUGACACUGCCAAUAGCUAGGGAUUUGGCAUCACAGGGGAUAAGAGUAGUCACAAUAGCACCAGGUAUGUUUGAUACACCAUUAACAUCAUAUUUACCAGAGAAAAUGUUAGAAUUCAUCAAAAGGAUGACGCCAUUUCCAUCAAGACUAGGCAAACCUGAAGAGUUUGCGCAUCUCGUCACAAGUAUAGUAGAAAACCCCAUGUUGAAUGGUGAAGUGAUAAGACUUGAUGGGGCUAACCGAUGGUUUCCUUUGUAAAGAUCUAGUUAUUUCAAGACUGUUUUAUAGUGUAUAAAUAUAUUA